AUGGCCACCGCUGAGCAGCAGCACGUGGCCUGGCGCAAGCUGGUUCCCUAUCUAUAUGAUUGGUUUGCGAGCCACUCGCUGUUCUGGCCUUCCUUGGCCUGCCGGUGGGGGCCGGUGCUGGAGCGUGGGCCGCAGAGCAACAAGCAGAGGCUGUACCUGAGCGAGCAGACCGACGGCAGCGAGCCCAACAGGAUUGUGCUGGUGAAUGUGGACGUGGUGCACCCACGUGUCGCAGCCGCCGACCACCUGCAAGGCUUCUCGGAGCAUGGUAGGAGUCCGCAUGUGGGCAUGCCGCUGAAGACUCUUGUCCACCCCGGCGAGGUGAAUCGCAUGCGGGAGGUGCCGCUGCACCCGCACGUCUUGGUCACCCACACCGACUCGCCCAGCCUCUACGUGUGGAACACCGACACGCAGCCAGACAGGACGGGGAGCACCAGCAGCAAGCAGCAGUCUGUGGCGGACCUUGUUCUGGAGGGGCACACAGAGGAUGCCAAGUUUGCGGUGGAUGUUAGCAGCUCUGCACCACUGGUGGCCAGCGGUGGCGACGACACCAAGGUGCUCGUCUGGGAUUUAGACUCACACAGCACCAGCCUGGCCGUCUCCUCUACCGCCAGCUCUGGCCCUGGCGCCAGCACCCACCUGGACCCGCUGCAUACGCUGUCGGGGCACAGCAACACGGUGGAGGAUGUGUGCUGGUGCCCAGGCAGCAGCUUCGAGCUGGCCAGCGUAGGCGACGACUACUCUCUCCUGUUGUGGGACACGCGGCGCGGCGGCGCGCCCGUGCUGCACGUCGCCUCUGUGCACGGCCCGCAGGAUGUGCACUGCGUGGCGUGGAGCCCGCACCAGCAGGAGAUGCUGGUCACCGGUGCGGCAGACGGGUCGCUCAAGCUGUGGGACCGGCGCAAGCCAGACAGCCCCCUCUUUGCCUUCCACCACCACGACGCGGCGGUCACGGUAGUGGAGUGGAGCCCGCAGCAAUCAGGCAUCUUUGCCAGCGCAGGAGAGGACAGGCUGCUGUGCGUGUGGGACCUGCAAGCCAAGGCCACCGACCCCGAGAGCGUCGCCGCAAAGCGCCAGCGCAGCGCAAUCCCGCCCCAGAUGAUGUUCCAGCACGCCGGCCACCGAGCACCAGUGGUUGACUUCCAGUGGAACCCCGCCGACCCCUGGACCUUCUUUAGCGUGGCUGAUGAGGCCGGGGAGGGCGGCGGCGGCACGCUACAGCUCUGGCGCGUCAGCGACCUCAUCUACCGCACCGAUGAUGAAGUGCUGGCGGAGCUGGAGCAGUAUAGGUAUGUACUGCUUGUUGCUUUGGCACACUAUGCACUUGGACCCCCAUGCAUCUGUUGUUUGCGUUUGCAGGUGAAACCAGUUACUAACAGCCGCUUAACUCUCAACCUGCAGGGAGUUCAUCAUCACCGGCCAAGUGUCGGCGUUGCAUGGGCGACCGUCUGA